AAAAAUACAGGUAUGUUAUGCAAUUAGAUAGUAUAAAGAUUUCCAAGUAAUAAGAAGUGAUGUCACACGUAUUACAGUCAAAUGAAAAGAUUGCCAGCGAAGGUCAUGAAAGUCCGAAACAUGAGCUGAGUCUAGGCUCUGGCGUUGUUUCUCUGUCUUCUCUCAACGACGUUACUGGCGUCACAUUCCAUGUGCAAAGAAAUACGUCCGAAAAUUAUGGACGACCACUUUUGGAACCAAGACAAACUAAUCCUGCUAAACUAAACAGACAUCUGAUUAAAAAGAUUGAAAACAAGAUAUCAGAUACACAAAAAUUUUGCAAUCUACCCAAACUGAAAUCGGUUGAGAUCAAAUUUUCCAAUCUCAGCUAUUCCGUCAGAGAAGGAUCCAUUUUCAGAAAUAGAGGUAACAAGACAAUACUAAAAUGUCUACAUGGUAACUUCAAGUCAAAAGAAUUCAUUGGUAUUUUGGGACCUUCUGGGGCUGGAAAAUCAUCUCUGAUGCAUAUAUUGGCCGGAUACAGAGAACGAGGUAUGAAGGGUGAAGUAUCGGUUAAUGGGAAACCACGCGACUCCAGAUCGUUUCGCAAGAUGUCGUGCUACAUCAUGCAAGACGAUAAGUUGCUGCCUCACCUCACGGUUAUAGAAGCAAUGAUGGUGUCAGCAAAUUUAAAACUUGAUCGUUCAGCGAGUGCUGAAACAAGGAAAAGUUUGGUUAUCGAAAUACUGACCACGCUCGGUCUAAUGCUGUGCAAAAAAACAAGAACUUCAGAUUUAUCAGGAGGACAAAGAAAAAGACUGGCAAUCGCUCUUGAACUUGUCAACAACCCGCCGAUUAUGUUCUUUGAUGAACCAACGAGCGGACUUGAUAGCGUUUCUAGCUACCAGGUGCUGUCACUUUUGAAAUCACUUGCCAUGGGUGGAAGAACUGUCUUAUGCACAAUUCACCAACCUAGUGCAAAAUUAUUCGAAAUGUUUGACAAGCUUUACAUUCUUGGAGCAGGUCAAUGUAUUUAUCAAGGAACUGUUCCCGGACUCCUACCCUUUCUACGCGAUCACGGUCUGAAGUGUCCUAAAUACCACAACCCAGCUGAUUAUGUGAUUGAAGUCGCAUCAGGAGAAUACGGCGAAGUUAACCCACUUCUUGUAAAAUCGGUAGCAGCUGGAAAAUGCGAUUGUUACAGCGACGUUUGUUAUGAUGAGAAAUCAACAAAAGACAAUCUCAGUGUAUCCCUUUCAAAAGAAGAUGACGAAGACGUCUGGGUGAAAAGAAACAGUUCUACAUCAUACACUGAGAAAGCCCGGGAAUCUCCUCAGUUUCUACUAGAUGCAGCAAGACAAAUGAACAAUAAUACAGAAAUUGAUAUUGACUUGAAUCGAUGUCAAUUAUUCUAUACUACUUGUUGGACUCAGUUUUCUGUUUUAUUCAAGAGAACAUUUCUGUCUAUAAUUCGGGACCAGGUGUUAACUCAUCUGAGAUUGAUGAGCCAUGUUGUCAUCGGAGUGAUGAUUGGACUUCUGUACUUGGAUAUCGGAGAAGAUGCCGGCAAAGUUCUUAAUAAUUCUGGAUUCUUGUUCUUUUCUGUACUUUUUGUCAUGUUUGCUUCUCUCAUGCCUACUGUGUUAACUUUCCCGUUAGAGAUGUCUGUAUUUAUACGAGAACACAUGAAUUACUGGUAUAGUUUGAAAUCGUACUAUAUUGCAAAAACUCUUGCCGAUGUUCCAUUUCAGAUGCUUUUUCCUAUUGCCUACUGUACUAUCGUUUAUUGGAUGACGUCACAACCUAAGGAAGCCGACAGAUUUCUUUUAUUUGUGGCUUUAUUUAUAAUGACGUCAAUUGUUGCACAGUCGUGUGGACUUCUCAUUGGUGCUGCUUCAACCUCUCUUCAGGUUGCGACUUUCGUUGGACCAAUUACUACCAUUCCGGUGUUACUGUUUUCUGGAUUUUUUGUUCGAUUUGAAACCAUUCCUUGGUACCUGAAAUGGCUUUCCUACAGUUCGUACGUUCGAUAUAGCUUCGAAGGAAUUUUGAUUUCUAUAUAUGGAUUAAAUCGUACUCAAUUACAGUGCAAUGAUGAAUCAGGAGUUGGAUGUCAAUUCCAGGAUCCAACUCGUGUACUUCAAGAGAUGGAUGUAGACGAAGAUGAUCUCUGGCUGGAUUUUGUGAUUCUAGCAAUCUUUUUUGUUGUGCUGAGACUCGCAGCAUAUUUUGUUUUAAGAUUGCGAGUACGUAUGGAAAAGUGAAGUAAUAUUAUUGUUUAUUAUGUUCAUUAAAGUUAAUGCUUUCCGUCAUUCUGAAUCUUUUAGCAUUAGAUUUGAACAAUAUUGGUUAUCUGGAUAAUGUCAAUGUUAUUUCUAUGAUUGUGAAGUAAUUUUUGUUCAUUUUUUCAAUAAUUUUCGAGUUUAGAUUAGUGAAGAAGCUCUUGUUCUGGCAACCUUCAAUUAGUAUCGAACUUCAAUGACGUUUUUCAUAUUUUCACUUCAAACUACACUCUUUACAAAUAGUCACAAAUAGUCUUCUAGUGGAAAAUGUCUUAUGGAGGUCCGAAGAAUAAGUUGUGCCUUGAACAUAUUCUAGAGUAGAGAACUGUAAGCUGUCAUGCCAAAAUAGUCAGACCAACUUGCACUAAGCCCUCGUGCCCAUACACAAAUUAUCUGGCAAUAUCUCAAUGAAUAUUCAUAUUUUUAAUAGCAUCCUCAAAACCAAAAUACUAUUCAGGUAUUUCAUCUCUAACAUUCAAAUAACAAAAACAAUUGGUCCUAGGUAAAAUAUUGAAUUAUGGAAUAAACGGUGAAGUAACCAAUGUCUGUUUAGAAAGGAAGGAAUUUAAAGGGGAGAGGUCAAAAUGAAAUUUCAUUCCCUCCUUAAUCUUUUAAAUUAUACAAAAUUUGAAAUUCUAAAUUUCAGCAAAAAUCCUUAUUGGCAACAUGUAUUGAGCAUAUAUGGGUUAUUAAAAAUGCAUUCUUAUUAUUUAUCUGUCGAAUUUCAAAUAGUUUUUGCUAUUUUAAUAUAUAUGUUUUGCAGCUUAUUAUAUAUAUGUUAUAUUGCAUCAUUUUUCUGCAAUUCAAUGCAUUAUGUAAAACCCAAUCGUAAUAUAUUAUUUAGCGCACGAUGUUGUUGUUAUCAAAUAUGAAUUAAUUCGGGUAAAGGAUACCAGUGCUGUUUUGGAGCUAACUAUGAGUACUCCCGAAGUAUGUGAACCAAGAUGGCGGACACCGG